AUGAAGUUAGCCGUCUUCAGUGCCAAAUCAUACGACCGCACUUAUCUAGACCAAGUGCGCGAUCAGCACUUCGCCUCGCUAUGCACCAUUGACUACCACGCCUUCUCCCUAUCAGAAGAGACCGUGCCACUCGCGCGGGGAUGUGACGCCGUCUGUGUCUUCGUAAACGACAAUCUAGAUGAACCGGUGCUGAAAGCCCUCCACGCCUACGGGAUCCGUGCCAUCCUCCUCCGCUGCGCAGGCUUCAACCAUGUGAAUCUCGCAACCGCAGAGGAGCUAGGCCUCUUCGUGGCGAACGUCCCGGCCUACUCCCCCGAAGCGGUGGCGGAGUUUGCCGUGGCGCUGAUCCAGACGCUAAACCGCAAGACACACCGCGCAUACAACCGCGUCCGCGAGGGCAACUUUAACAUCGAAGGCCUGCUGGGGAAUACACUGCAUGGCAAAACCGUAGGGAUCGUCGGCGUGGGGCGGAUCGGGCUCGCCGCCGCGCGAAUCUUCCACGGCUUUGGAUGCCGGCUUCUAGCGCACGAUCCGUUCGCCGGGGACGAGUUCCGACAGUAUGGGACCCUGGUCGAUCUGGAGACCCUGUUGAAGGAGAGUCAUAUCGUCAGCCUGCACUGUCCGCUUACAGACAGCACAAAACAUCUUAUCAAUGAGGAGACACUGGCGAAGAUCAGACCGGGGUCAUUGUUGGUUAACACUUCGCGCGGGGGACUCAUCGAUACCACGGCUGUCGUUCAGGCACUGAAGACACAACAGCUGGGCGGGCUGGCCUUGGAUGUGUAUGAGGCAGAAGGCGAGCUCUUCUACAAUGACCAUUCAGGCGAGAUCAUCGAGGACGAUGUCUUGAUGCGUCUUAUGACCUUCCACAAUGUUCUGAUCUGUGGCCAUCAGGGGUUCUUCACGCGCGAGGCACUGUCGGAGAUUGCCGAGGUCACGCUAGGCAAUCUAUCGGAUUUUGUGGCUGCUCGUUCGUGCAAGAACUCCUUGGUUACAGAGGGACAUGUAUUGGUUCGUCGGGAUACAGAGCCCGUACGAUUGUAG